GCUUGGCGACUGGUUGCACCGCUUGCCCUCUGUUACCAACUAGUUGUUUGCAUGCGCCCCUGUGUGGGACAUAUAAGCAGGAACGGGGCAGCAAACUGACUCGUUUAGCUUUAUUUGUCUCGGCGCCAACAGAAAUCGGGCGCUUGCACUAGACACAUUGCUUCAUGAAGCUGUGGGUGGCAGUUAGCAACUGAUUCCCAGCUCUGAAAGCCCCGAGACCGCUCCAAUCACGGCUCCCGAGCUUGCGCCCCGAGUCUCGCAAGUCCCUCGCGCAAGCUUAGAUAGACAUUUUAUGGAAACAGCUGCUGGCGACAAGCAGAUCAGCAGGAUGCUCGGUGACCCGACUUGCACAUCCGUGCUCUUCGGCGGUGUGUCUGCAGCGGCCCGCUCUAGCCAGCCAUCGCAGGCGCUGUGCGCGACGUCUGUGGCUCAGGCGCCCACAGCAGCUCCCGUGCACGCGCCGGCGGGGCUUGUGACGCUGCGGGGACUGCCCGCGCGGCCGCUGCUGCCAUCGCUCCGCAGCGGCCCCCGCUCCCUCGUGGCCGCGUCUCAGGUCGCUGCCCUAGGCCUGCGCUGCGGCCUCGCGCUACGGACACCGACCGUGGCAUCCCAGCCCAUCGCGUCAUCAUCUACCUCGCUGACAGCCGCCCGGACACGCGCUUUCAGCGCCCAGCCCCCCAGCUCCACCCCCAAGCCGGGCUUUGCCCCCGGCACCCCGCCUCCCCCGGCCCCAAGCGCCAAGCCCCCCGCUGCGCCUCCUCCUCCUGCUCCCCCUUCUUCUGCGGCGCCCAUCGUGGCGGCGAAGCCGCCUCCGCCUCCGCCGCCUCCGCCUCCGCCGCCAGGCGGCUCAGGCGGCGCUGCCGGCAGCGGCAGCGGCUCGGGUCGCAAGCUGUCCAGCGGCGUGGCGUGGCUGAUUCCUCUGGUGGGGCUGCCGGCGCUGAUCGGCGCCUACCUGUGGCGACUGGUGCGUUCGCGGGAUGUGGACCCGGACGUGGAUGAGCAGUGGCUCGCAAAGAUCAAGGAGGUCACCGCCGCCGAGCUCAAGGAGCUCAAGGAGGCAAAGCCUUUCAACAAGAUACAGCCCCCCGCCAAGCCGCCCACGCCGCCCGCACCGCCCAAGCCCGCGGCCGCGCCGCCCGCCGCGCCUGCUGCAGAAGCGCCCGUCAAGGCGGCACCGGAGGCGGCGAAGCCGGCAGUAGCAGCAGCACCAGCUGCCGUGGAGAAGCCUGCGGCGGCGGCGGCGGCGCCUGCUACAGCCGGCGCCAAGGAGGCCACAGCCGACGCGGCGGGCAGCAUCCUGGAGGCCACGGAGGCUGCUACAGCCGCCACCACGGAGGCGGCCUAUGCCGACGUCCACCCCAAGCCGGCUGCUACUGCCGCCGCCCCCGCGGCUGCUGCUGCGCCGGCGGCGCCAGCGGCGCCGGCGGCGCCGGCUCCCGCCGCCACGGCUGGCGCCCCUGCGGAGCCCGCCGCCCCUGCCGCCCCUGCCGCGCCAGCGGCACCCGCGCCGGCCGCCGCACCCGCGCCCGCUGCCGCCAAGCCCGCGGCAGCGGCGGCGCCGCCAGCCGCCGCCUCCCACGCCGACAUCGGCGCCGCCACCGCGGCGGCUGUAGCGCUCAUGCAGUCCGGCUCCGCCGCCGCCUCGUCGGCGCCGCUGCCUGCGGGCCUGCCUGCGGGCCAGUUGGGUCUGGAGGGGUACGACCUGUCGCCGCUUGGUCUGGUGAAGGCGGCGGUGGUGGGCGCGGGCACGGCGGUGGCGGACUGGAGCCAGUGGCCGGAGCGGCACGCGCAGGCCGUGUCAGACUCACGGCUGCUGUUUGAGGCGCUGACGGCGGCCGCCAAGUGGCACGAGGUGCAGAUUGGCCAGGUCCGCGGCGAGCUGGAGGCGGCGCGUGCUCGCGGCGAGGCGCUGCAGGCGGCCGGCGAGGCGGCUGUGGGCCGGUUCAAGGCGCUGCUGCGGCAGUACGCCGAGUCCACCAAGGAGCUGGUGGAGAUGGAGGUGCGGCAGGCGGAGAAGCGCACGCGGCUUGCCUCGGAGCAGACACGGCUGGCGGAGGCGAGGACCCGCGGCGAGGCCAUUGAGACGCUGCGGCUGGCGCUGGGCGGGCUGCGGCUGGCGCACGAGGGGCGGGUGCGGCAGGCGGAGGCCAGCGCCGCCGGACACGCCAUUGCCGCCGGCGCGGCGGCGGUGGCGGCGGCGGCGGAGAGCGGCGCGGCGGUGGACGGCGCGGCGGCGGCGCUGCGCGGGCUGGCGGCGCGGGACCCGGUGGUGGGCGCGGUGGUGGCGGCGCUGCCGUCCGGGCCCGUGGCGACUCGUUCCGAGCUGCUGUCCUCCUUCGGCCGCCUGCGCGCCGACCUGUCUGCCCUGUCACACCUGCCGCCCGGCCGCACCGGGCCCGUGUCCGUGGCGGUGGCGCGACUGUCCACCUGGUUCAAGGCGGACGAGGCGGCGGCGGUUAAGGCGCUGUCGCCGGCGGCGGCCGGCAGCGGCGGCGUGGACGCGGCCCUGGCGCGCACGCAGGCGCUGCUGUCUGAGGGGCAGCUGCCGGCGGCGGCGGAGCUGCUGGCAGCUAGCCUGCAGGGCACGGCGGCGGCGGCGCUGGCGGAGGGCUGGGUGGCAGCGGUGCGGCGGCGCGCGGCGGCGGAGGCGGGCGUGGCGGUACUGAACGCGCACGCAGCCUCACUGUGGUCUACUCUGCAGUGAUUACUUAUGUUGAUGCGACAGGGAUGUUAAUGUCAUUGAGUAUUGUUGUGGUGGUGGUGGUGGGGUAGUCAGGGCGUGGUGGUAUGUCAGGGCUGGGGGCUGCGGGCCGGCUUGUGGCAGGCAGGGCGGGCGGAUGGGGUGGGGCCGCUAAGCAAGGGCCAACACGGUGUCAAUGAUGACAGCGGGUCGAGUGCAAGCCCUGUGUAGGGGGUAGGAGUGGCAGGUAUGUGUGCGGUUGCUAUUUGCAGGUACGUACCGUUUGUACCUGGCACUGGCCCCCCUGCUGCAUGCGCGUAUGAAAGGGUUGUCGGGGCUGGGGUAGCUGUAGCUACCGCACACGUACGAUCGAAAGUACGGUUAUACGGUAGACACGUCACCGCCACUGGCCACGUCACUGUCAGUGUGCUGUCAGUGCGUGCGACCCAGUCCCUUGCUAACUAUGCGCUUAUGACAGCACCACCAAGAUGCGGUGGUGGGGCCUGGUGACCACGCCGGAGGCAGCAGGGUAGUCACUGUUGCAGCGAGUAAUACGGGCCGCGGAGUGAGGGCCAAAACUAGCGGGGCGGGGCGGCGACUGAGCCGGCACAUGCAGAACUCUACUAGCAAAAGUGGAGAACUCAGGGAAAUCGUCGCCCAACCCAGGAAUGCAGUGUGGACUCCAUGUGGGGGGGGGGAGAGGAGGGGGCAGUACCUUCAGGCUGGGUGCGGAGCCGAGGGCGGGUGGCCGGGUGUCUGCUGCUGCGUGUCCCAGAAGGCCAAGUGCAGCCGUGAUGGGCAUAGCGGCAGUAGUGAUGUGUGUGGGUCGAUGUAAACCCUCCAGGGUCCUAGCUACCGCAUCAUCAGGUGUGGCAGUGGCUAGGCUGCAGCAACUGUGUGACUGGCAGUGCUACCUGCUGGUCGAAAGCCUUACAUGGGGCUGGAUGGGGUGCUUGGGGCUGCUGGGGCCAGCGGCACUGGAGGGACUUACUGGCCUUGCAUGCAUGUAAUACACCGUAAUG